GAUAGUUUUAUUUUUUUUGCAAUUUGCUUGCGGGUUCUUCAAACCGAAUUAAAUCCAUCAAUAAUACACAUGUUUGUGUGUUCAACAAGCUGCUCAUCAAACAAAUGAGUCGAAAAUUGAGUGGAAUUACAACUUUUUACAACUCUGUGUUAUUAUUUUUAGGCAUUUUUUUGUUGCAAAAAUGUAAACAACCGCACAAAACGAACAAACAAUAGAUGUUAAAAAGGCAGCUGCAAUUUAAUGGUGUUUAAUAAUUUAUUUUAAAUAAAAAAUAAAGCUAAAUAAAGAAAUUGUAAAUAAAAAUAUAUAAAUUAUGUGAAGAAUAAAUAGAAAAAGAGAAUAUUAAACAAUAUAAUGCGGUUGAGAUCAUCCAAAAUAGAAAUAGAAUAAAAACAAACAAAAACGCAAAAAAAUCUCUAAUCAAUUGGAUAGUUAAAGAAAAUAGAAAAAAUAAAUAAAAUAGACCAGUUAUUGAAAACAACAAUUAGUAAGAGCUGGAGGAGGAGGAGGUGGUGAUGGCGUAAAAGUCAAAUAGACUACAAUAACAAUAAGUGAAAACAUUUAGAAUAAAAAUGAACAAACAGAGAAAAAAUGUGUGUCUGGUGGUGAUGGAAAACGUAAAACUAUUUAGUAAAUGAUGCAGAUACAUAAAGAAUAUGUAUGGCAAAAGAAACAACAACAACAACAAAGACAAUAAACACAAAUAGUUUAGUGUAAAAAAAAACUAAACGAACAUGUAUUGAAAAACAAAUUGAUGAUGGGCUUGGACCUGAUUUAAUACUCAUCAAUACAGUAUUGUCCAGCAUUUAAAGCAAAUAUAGCAUAGAAAUAUAAUAAAAACAACUGGCAUCAAACCAAACACCCCACUUGUGGCCCGCCAAACCCAGGUGUAGCAAUCACUCAUACACUUUAGCAUUCAUAUUGCAAACGCAAAUUUUCAAACAAAUUCUCCUCAGAGAGCAGGCCAGAAACAGUAUCAAACAUCAGCCAUUCAAACUACAUUGUUAUUUAAUGUUAUUGUUAUUUCUGGUGCGGCUGUUGCUUUUUUUGUUGCUGUUAUUGUAGUAUUUUUUUCGUUAUGAUUGUUUAAUUCAAUUGCCGCAAUUGCUGUUUCAUUAAAAUAAAUAUACAAAAACUAAGAAGACGCGAUAACGUACAGAAAACCCAACAAAAAUCACAUCAUUUGUGCCACUACUGCUCUAGUAGUAGGUCCCAUCAUCACUCUUCACAGUAGUAGAUACUGUUUAAGUGUAGCCAAGCAGGCAGGCAUACAGUGGCAAUUGUUAUUUUAUUUCUCAGUAUCAGUUUCAUUUGUCGCAUCAUUAUGGUUAAAUCAUUGGUAUCCAAAUUAUCGUCUGCCUCCUCCACUUUAUCAAUUGCCAGUAGUUUCGGUAGCAGUCAUGGAAAACAUCAUCAUGAUAAUAAUGCAGCCUCUUCUACAGCAUCGUCAUCGUCAACAUCCAACGCCAUCUCUGGGGAUAAUUAUUUAAAAUAUCGCAAUGAUCCGGGGCGUUUUUUCGGCGAUGGCGUGCAAUUCAAAGCCAAACUUAUUGGCAUCUUGGAGGUGGGCGAGGCACGUGGCGAUCGCAUGUGUCAAGAGGCCUUACAAGAUCUAAAAAUGGCCAUACGAGCCGCCGGCGAACACAAGCAACGCAUAACCAUACAUGUCACCAUUGACGGUUUGCGACUGAGAGAUGAGAAAACUGGUGAUUCACUAUAUCAUCAUCCUGUACACAAGAUCUCAUUUAUAGCACAAGAUAUGACAGAUUCACGUGCAUUUGGUUAUAUAUUUGGCUCACCUGAUAGUGGCCAUCGUUUCUUUGGCAUUAAAACGGAUAAGGCUGCUUCACAAGUGGUGCUAGCAAUGCGUGAUCUUUUCCAGGUGGUAUUUGAAUUGAAGAAAAAAGAAAUUGAAUUGGCCCGUCAACAGAUACAAUCGAAAUCGUUACAUCAUCAUGAUACACAACAUCAGUUGUCCUCCCUGUCAUCACUGAAGAGUGCAGCAGCCGGAACAGGAGGACAAAAUGAUUUAUCGGCUUUAGGAGGUUCAACAACAUCGGCUGCUACACUUAGCAUGUUGAAUACCAUGGUUAGUAGUUCAACAAAUACACCAAAUACCAGUCGUUUGGGUGUUAAUUUGGAUUCUAAGGGAGCUUCCAAAGAGAUUUCUCCCGAGUCGGUGGCUGAUUUGGUUGACUUAGAACAAGAGCUUAGUUCUUUGCAAAGAGGUAUUACGCAAAUGGAACGUAUAACACCUAAUGAUGCUCAUACAACACAAACCUCCUCGUUGACCUCUAACGCUGCUAAAACCAGCACUGCUAUGAGUGGUAGCAGUGGUGGUGGUGCUGGCGGUAGUGAUGAUCCUUUUGGUGAUUCCUUUACUAGCUUUCCGACCUUACCACCUCCCGAGCCGGGACGUUUGCGUAGUAAAACUACCACUAAACCCAAUGACAUUAACAUCACCAACAUACCUACAACCACAGCCGGUAAUUCCUCUUUACUUUCACCCACUGCUACGCAAUCACGUCUAACACCCGUCUCUACAGGUCUUACUACGACAACAGUUAAUUUACAACCCCUAGAUGAUGAUGACGAUCAUUGGCUACGCGAACUAGAUGCUCACAGUGAUGUCUUUGAUACCUCUAAAACAGUAGUGCCGGGUUUAAUGGGAAUGCCUCCCUUAGCCAGUACUUUGUCUAGUGCCGUACCUCUAGCUUCACGUGCUCCUUUAGCCGCCCGGGAAUCAUCCGAUACACCACCCAAUCAUAUUUAUGAGACAGUAUCUUGUUCCGCCAAUAACGUGCCAAACGACAUGGCCGAACUUUCAAGUAUUAGCAAUAAUGUGACUAACAACAAUGCAGCUGAUACAAACAACCCAAAUAAUUUAGCCAAUAGUUCUAGUCUCUCCGAUAUAUUUCAAACGGCUGCUGCAGAGUCAACACAAAAUUCUAAACUUGAUAUUAAAUCGGAUGCUUUUACAGAUUUGGAUCCCUUAGGUACUGGUCGCACCAGACCUUACGUGGAUAAGAAAUACUUUUUUCAAGAGCUUAAAAAUCCACCUAAAAAAGUACUCAAAGAUCUAACGACAAAUAAUCAAACAGCAACCACUGCUACCGCUACAGCAGCGUCCCUAAUGAUGGCUACGACUGCAGCGCCGACCAUGACGACAGUUAACAAUUUAAUGCCGGAAAAUCUUACAAAUAAAAGUAUUACAGCAACAGUUAUGGCAACAGAGGACAUUUUAAAUUUAGGCGAUUUUGAAUUGCAAACAAUACAAUAUCAGCAACAGCAACUAUAUCAGCAACAACAACAGCAAUCUUAUAAAAUGACAAGUGCCGCAAAUAACUCCUCCUCUUCCUCUAUAACUGCUACCAAUUUAAAUACUUUACUAACAAACACAACAGCAGCAAUAAUACCAACUGCAACCAUAUUAACAACAACAGCCAAUAAUAUAAUUAACCUGGCAACAACAGAACCAGUUGCCGUUUCCACUGCUGCUGCCAGUGACGCCGAUCCCGUUAUGUUGCCUCGUGACACUGACCCCUUUUCGCCCACUCGCAAGAAAAGUGAUCCCUUUGAAGAAGGUGGUGAUUUAUUUUCAAAAUUGGAUCCUUUCGAAUUUGAAUUCAGCAGUAAUAUUGCCGAAGUGGAUAAUCUAAGAAAAGCACCCACUUCUCUAACGACCUCAGUAACAGACCAGUUGGCGGCGGUUAGUAGUGUUGCUCCUCCUGCUACACAAGAUCUAUUGGCUGGACAUUUGCAAGUGAAUUUACCACCUGAGGGAGAUACAACACAAACUACUAGCACGGUAAGAUCACGUCCAGUACCCUCUGCUAUGACAACUGCCUCAAGUGGUGUGGGAUUAGGACCGGCAUCAGGGCCAUCGGCACUACCUCCUGCUUCUAUGUUGAAACAGCAAACAGUCGAUGUGAUUUCCAGCAUAUCGAAUAAGAAAAUGCCGCAUUUAUUUGGACAAUCGUCUAGAUUUUCCAAACGGGAUUCGAAUUCCAUUAACAUGAGACGUCUACAGGAGUCUGAUUCACUAAGUGAAACCGAAACCGCUCCUGAACCACCACCUCGACCCGAUUAUGGCAUAUGUGUUGAACCUCCACCUCUGCCGCCUAAAAAGCAAUUCAACGAUUUUGUCAUUAGAUCGCGUAACGGUCCCAGUCACAGCUUAAGUUCUACAACCGGAAAUCAAUCAAUAAACAGCAAUCGUUAUGAUAGUCUUAAUUCCGUGCUAACCUCUAAAACCUUAACAGGACGUUCUAGUAACACAGAUGUGCCUCCUAUACCGUUGCCUUCACGCCGAGUAGGACGUACCGAUGGCUCUUAUCCCGGACCGGGUAGGCCACGCAAACCUGGUCACACGGAAGAUGAUUAUUUGGCCCCCAUCUCUUUGCUUGGAUCCUCGACAGGCGUUAGCUCCUCUACAGCUAAUACCAGCAUAAUGUCAGAUGUGCCUCCCUUAUUGCCGCCUCCCACACAAACAUCUUCACGCGCCCGAACUCAAAGGCAACAAUCGCUUAAUCAGCAAAAUAAAGCUCAUGAAAUUUACGAAAAUAAAAGUGAAAUACUUCAACAGUUGCAACAACAGCAGCAGCAGCAACAACAGCAAAACAUCUUGGAUCAUAACAAUCCUGCUACAGCAGCCAUAGUUCCUGAUAUAACCCUAACACAACUUUUAACAUUGGGUAUCGAUGAAUUAGCGGUAAAAUUAAAUGUGCCUACGAGCAAACUCUCUACCAUGACUUUAGUAGAAUUGACUUCGUAUCUUUCGGAAUUCCUCGAACAAAAUAAACCCUCAAAAGUGGAAGCCCAUAAAGUGGAAACCUCUCAAGAGGAAACACAUCAAAACACACCGCCCAUAUUUAAGGUGAAUUUUGAUCAAGAGGCAACAUUUGUGGCGAAAUUUGAUGAUACAUUCGGAGAAGAUUUUCAUCAACAGACCUCCAGCGGGGCGGCCCAUACAUUUGAAGCCAAUUUUGCCCAAUUUGAUAGUGUUAGUGUGGAGCCUCCAGUGCAGGCCAUUAAUCCAAACACCAAUAUGGUGCCUCCAGCCGAUCGUUAUGCUGUUUUUCGUGAAAUUAUUGAUCAAGAACUACAGCAACAACAGGAAAGUGUUGAUCUAAUAGGAGAUGUUAUGGAAGGUGAAAUUCCCCAGGUAACAGAUGAAAAGCAAUUUGAAACGUCCACCUUAACGGUGGACUUAGACAUGAAUGUGACACAACAACAAGAUCUUUUAAGUGGUGAUAUGUUAGAAGUUUCGGGACCUCAACCACCCAAAAUAGAUACGAAAAUCACAGAGGUAUUGGCCCAGGCCAAGGAUCGUUAUGCCGCCUUACGUGAUUUAAUAUUGGUGGAAAAUCUCUUUGAUAAACCACCGCCCAAACCGUCUUCCAUAAGCGGUGAUAUGGAAGUGGGAGGGCAAAGUGAUAGUAACAAGUCACCCUUUCAGGGAUUUGGUGGUUUUAACGAUGACGAAGAAGAUCAAGACUUACGGCAACUAAUGGACCAAGCAUCAACAUUAGAUGUCACUACUCAGCAGCAAAGACUGGGUUUAGUGGAUAGUAGAGGCUUUCUAGUAGAACCCUCCUCAUCAGCCAUCACCGUGGAGGAAGAUGAAGAUGAUGAGGAGGAGGAAGAAGAACGCCGUAAUAAUACACGCGAAGAGGCGGGUGGUUUAAGCAGUGCCGAUAGCAAUGAAAAGGAACAGGAUAAAGACACCUUACCCACAACAAAAUAUGAACAAUUGGCCAGUUCUAAUCAACAAUUGGAGGAAAUUGAGGAAAAACCCGAAAAAUAUGACGAUAACCCUCAGAUUAGUAUUACCCAAAGUCAAAUGCCCACUAGCAAUGAGGGUAAAUAUUUAUCGGUGGUUAGUGUGGCUUCUUCGGGUCUAUCGGGUUCUAAAGAUGAUUUGGAAAUUGAUGAUUUAAUGCAUAGAGCCAUUUCUAACUUGUCUUUAGACUCCAGAGAGCGCAACUCUCCUGCUAUACAGCCUCAACAACAAAAUACGCAUACAACUACGACAACCAUGACGCCACCACAUUUCAAUGAUGUCAGCACUUCACCCAUACCUCUGCAGAGGUCCCCAUUACCAACACUAACUGGCCUACAAAGUAAAUCGCCCAAUAGCAACAAAUCCCCUCAACAAGUCUCACCACUACCCUCUCAACUUACAGUGGUUUCACAAAUAAUCGAUGCUGCUACCAAACAAAUACAAAAUGAUGGUGUCUCAAAGACUUCCAAUGAUUCCUGGGCCACUUUUGAUACACCACAACAUCAACCAGUUGCAGUAUCGUCCGAUAAACGUGCCAGACCUUCAGCUAAACUUGUUAAUAAAGCCAAUAAUUUCCUUAACUUACCACCACCUCCCGGUUCCAUUUCGAAUUGUUCACAAAACGAUAGUGCCAUAGAAUCGCCUUGUUCUUCGGAUCCUCGAGAAGAAGCUUGGCAUAAACACACCAUGGGUGGUAGUAGUCUAUCGCUGGGCCAUCAGGGUGCCCCUCUGGGCGGCAGCACUUCAGGGCAACGACGUUAUCAUAAGAAAGAACGACAGAAUACUUCUUCCUCAUCGCGGGAUUUAAGCUGGGAUGAGGAUCAAGGUAGUAUACCGCCAACUCAUAUAAUGGAUUAUCCUCAAAGUAAACGUUUGUCGGGUCAAAUGCAAGGUAGUCUAACGACUGACCGUCAUGGCUAUUAUAGACGUCAUGCUAGACGCAUGAACUCCUGUGAUGAUGAAUAUGAUUAUGAACAAGAUUAUCCCUCUAGCCGACGGGAAAGGGAUCAGUGUAAAUAUAAACACAGUUUGAGCAGAAGUAGAGAUAAUUUCGAUAUGGAUUCUCCUGGUUGGUAUCACCAUCAUGGUGCAGGACCCCAGCAUCCACAUCACACUUGGUCCUCCCAAGAUAUUGAACAGGCACGAGGACGCAACUUUGAACGCUCGGCUUAUGAACGUACCACUUACGGACCUCCUAUUUACGACAAGAGAGGUGUGGGUCCACCUUUACCACCCACCUCCAGUUACGACAGACGUUCGGCUGGCGGAGGUGCCUAUGACAAACGUGGUAAAUAUUAUCGUGGUGACACCAAUCCUCGCUCUACCGAACGCAUUUACAAUCUAGAUGAUUUCGAUGAAAUGUUGGCGGCUUCUGGAAAAAUUCCCGCACAUUUGGCCUCCAUGUAUGAAGAAAUGAAAGCUGAAUGUUGUUCGCCACCCGGACAUCGUCAACGUACAGCCGAUUACAUGUAUGAACGUGAUCGCAAGUCAUUUGAUCGUGAAAGUCUUGAGUCAUAUGAAGGCUCUAAUGUCGCUCCACGACGACGACGUCGCAGUUAUGAUAGUGGCGGUAUUCCCUCUGAUCCUUAUGGCAGUUGUGAUAGUCGUGAUGAAUAUCAUGGUCGCGAACGUUGUGUUAUGACCGCUGAUAAGAGUCGUUCUUUGCGCAAAUCUUUGAAAUCUUUACGUGUUACCGGUGAUAUUGAUUAUGAUCAAGAUUCUGAAAAGGAAUAUCAUUAUCGUGAUCAGAGAUCACGUUGUGAUACGCGAAGUUUACAAAGACCUAGUCAAUUAACUACUCAGGGCGUUAGUGGUGUAGGGGUAGGGGUAGGAGGAGUUGGUGUUGUAGGUGGCAAUGUAAUGGGUUCUCAGAGUCGCAUUCGCAAGAGUAGUGGUUCUUCACCCUGGGAUGGAGAAGAACCUCCUUUGCCAGGACAAAAAACUUCUUCCUGGAAAAGACCUUCGAGUGCUGCUGAGGCCGAGCGGCGCAGAGCAGCUGUUAAAGGACAAACACCCUCUGGCUCAGAUGAAGAUAAAGAUCGCAGGUACCGCAAGAAGAGAACUACACGCAAUAAGGAUUUACCAGCGAUUCCCAGCAGUGCUGCACGUUAUGGACGCACUGGCAAUUACGAUUAUAUCUCUUGUGAAGAUCUCGAUGACGAUGCAGAAGAUUAUGUGGACGAAGAAGAAGAGGAAGAGGAUCAUGGCAUUGAACAUGAUGAAAUAUCACCCGCUGAUGAGGACAAAUUUGCACGUCUCGAAAUGCGACGCCAUGAAAUGCACAAUCGCAUGAUGGAUGCCCAUGUUAGAAGAAGAAAAGAAGUACCAGCAUCACAAACCCAAAUAAGUUCCAUGGCUUAUCGUAAGCCAGGCAAGGGUGGCUAUAUAAGAAGACCUUUGCCACCACCUAGCGAACCUAAACAUCCUCAAGAUUAUGGCUUUGAUGAUGAUGACGGAGACGAUGGCGAGUAUGAACAGACUCCCACUCCCAGAUCAAAUACAAGUAGUGCUUUACCCACAGCCACACCCAAUGCUAGUUCCACCAAAUUUAGUUUUGAUGUAGGUUUCGAAUCUGAUUUUAAUCAAUCCUCACCACCGCCAGCUCCAGCUGGUACAGCCUCCAGUUGCAAUUCAACACCAGCGGCCAAUGUCAGUGCAGCCAAUACACCGGCUUCAAAGUCAUCAUUCAGAUUCUCCAAUGAUUUCUCCGCUGGCCAGGAAAGAGAAAAACAUUUCCAACAUCCUCCGGCUGGAUCACUACAGCAAUAUGAUUUGGAAAAUCGUGGCAUAUCGCCACAAACCGCCCACACCCAGACCAGUACACCCAAACUACGUUUCGAUGACAAUGUCAAGGUAUCACAAUUCGAUGAUGCCUUCGAAGAUGAUUUCUCCAAGGCCACAUUUGAUGCUUUCCAAAAUGAUGAUGUACAACAGUGGCAAGAGUCCAUACAGAAAACAACUAAACAACAAAUACGCAAUAAUAAACUGCAGCAACGUCAACAGGAUUUAAUUAAAAAAUCCGAAUCUGUAAAUAUAUUUGCCAAAAAAGUCGAAGAUCCCUUUGAAGAUGAUGAAUUUUUCAAUAGUCCUCCCACCGUGGCCGUUAGCACGUCUACGGCGGCAAAUGAGAAAACAGAAAAUCAUAAAACCAAUGGUAAUAAUGGAGGCUCCUCACAAGGCAAUAAUGGAGGUGGCGGAGGUGGCACUUCUGCUGGUUGGGAUGAUGACAAUACAAAUUUUGCCAAAUUUGAUGAAAACAUGUGAUUUGAUAAAUUAUUACAAAACAAACAA